AUGAAGGCAUGUAUUGGAGAGCUGAGAAAUGAAAAAAAAAAUAAAAUCCGGAUUCAAAUCUUCUCAUUGGAAGCGAAAAGCUUGAGACUUUCAGGAUUAAUCCCCGGUAUCACAAUUAUCGUUCUCGCAGCCAUCUUUACCGGAUACACUGGGGUGCAGCUGGGAGACAACUGGACACUCAUGCAGAAGCGAUGGCCGGAGUACAAAAGUCACUGUAGGCGACCGUAUCCGGAAAUGGCAUACAGAGCCAUGGGCACAAAAGCAAAGCGGUUAGUGGCGUUCUGUCUGUGUCUGACGCAAUUCGGCAUCGCCACCGUGCUCACACUUCUCGCCGCAAACAAUCUCUCGAAUCUGCUGGCAGCCGUUGGAUUUCCGAUCAACUUCUGCUACGUGAUUCUUCUGAUAUCAGCUGUCCUGUGGCCAUUCGUGAUGCUGAAAAGCCCAAUGGACUUCUGGCAAGCUGCUGUUGGCGCUGCUGUGUCCAGUACCGUGGCGGCAAUGCUUAUCGUAGCCGGAGCAAUCCACGAUGCGCCCGUUUGUCGACCGGCUGUCUCUCAUCCCGAGUUCUCGUUCACUAAUCUCUUCCUCGCUUAUGGCACAAUAGCCUUUGCCUACGGUGGGCAUGGCGCCUUUCCAACGAUUCAACAUGACAUGACAAAGCCAUUCCGCUUCAAUCGAGCCGUCUGGGCGAGCUACAUUUUCAUCUUGAUUGUGUACAUCAUCGUGUCAUCUACUGGCUACUCCGUGUAUGGGGACAGCAUGAGGAAUACUGUUAUUCCGUCGCUUCAGAUCGGAUGGCUCUCACAACUGGUCAAUGUGAUGAUCACGGUGCACGUUCUGCCGACGGUGGUGAUCGUCUUUUCUCCAUUAGCACAACAAGUUGAAGAAUGGACCAAUGUACCGCAACGACACUUCAGUAUGCGACGGUUCGCCAUUCGAUCUGUGAUGCUCUUCGGAAUUGUUUUCACCGCCGAAUCGAUACCUCACUUUGGAGUGUUGGUGGCUCAACCAUCAACCUUGAUGACAAUGCUGCUGCCCAGUGUAUUCUACCUGUUCCUGUUCGCAUCUCACAACAAACGCAAGGACCUCAUCAAUACGAUGCAAAUCUCGCCGGACUCACCGGAUAACCAACUUGCUGGCUUGAUAGAGUAA